UCCACCUGGGACUUUGCAACCACGAUAAUGAUUGACAGGCCUUUCCGGCAUCACAGAGGAGGAGAGUAGGAAGUUUAUCACAUAUCCCUUCACAAUACGAUCCUUUGCUUCUGGACAUUAAUCAGUUAUAGGCCCAGAGCAAGGUUUAUGGUCUCUGUUUAACAGGCUUAUCGAGUAACUAUGGGAAACGCACUGAGUAAACAGCGUGAAGUCACACGGAAUUACUUCACACGGUCGUCACGGCUAUUACCUUGCGGUUCUUCAGAUUGACUUUUAUUUCGUUAUUGACGAUGGGACAACGGGUGUCUCAACCGGAGGUGCGUGUUCUCAUUCUGGGUCUGGACAAUGCGGGCAAAUCGAGCCUGCUUUACAAAUACAAACAGAAAAAGCGCGUCGCCACAGAACCCACCAUAGGGUUUAAUGUCGAAAUGUUGGAGGAGAAAAGAGGCAAGAAAAACAUAACGUUGACGGUGUGGGACGUCGGCGGCCAGAGGAACAUGCGCCAACACUGGGCGAGUUACCACCAGGACGCGGCGGCGGUCGUGUUCGUCGUGGACAGCUCCGACCUGGACCGGCUUGCGGAGGCCCGCCGAGAGCUAGAGCACACGCUGAAGAGCGAGCAUCUGACCGGCAUCCCGGUGGUGGUACUCGCCAACAAACAAGACGUAUCCGGCGCGCAGACUGUCACGGAGUUAACGGAGCGUUUCAACUUCUCGAAGAUGUGUUCCGAUCGGGAUUGGUUCAUCCAGCCUUGUUCGGCCGCGACGGGCUUCGGGCUUGAGGAGGGCUUCAGACGCGUGGCUCAGCUGCUCAAGCUGCCCUCGGAUCCUGUGAAAAUCAAAGAGAAUAUCAAAGACACGGUGCACUAUAUCCGCGCAAAGUCCACCCGGCAUCGGUAGGCUGACUUGAGGCCUAUAGUAUGCCAGAGGAUCUGUUUUAUUUGAACUGCCGAUUGGAUAAACAAUUAAGCACAAUGAGAGCCCUGAGUAAAAUAUUUUAAAAUCAAUUUCUUAAUUUAGCUCAAACAACGUGCGUAAAAUCCAUACGCCGCCAUUCAGGCAACGCGCGCCUGAAAUGAGGCUUUGCUUUGUUUCUGCUAUUUACAGAUUGGACCCAUUACCCAUUUCAAAUGUGGUCAUUUUCAAAACGGGAAAUAAUGGAAAUUAACACUCAUCAUACAACACAUGACUACAAACUGGAAGUUGUAUUCGCGGGUGCAAUAAAGAUAAGCACAAUGACA